AUGGCUGUUCUCAAAGAAGCCGAACCUCGCCAUAAAAAAAAUGGAGGGCGUUCAUUCUAUCAACUCAUUGCCUAUCUGAUGCUCACAUCGAGGCUGGAUAACUAUGGAAUGUUGUUCACUUCAUUCGGAGGUGUGAUAUCAACACUAUUAGCCGGUAUAUACAAAUCGCAAGAUCAUCUUACUACCACCUCUCAAGCUUCAGUACUACAGCUGGCUGGUCUUUGCACUGCUCACUGCGUCUUACUGGGAGCGGCCGGCAAUACAUGGAACGAUUGGAUGGACCGUGAUAUCGACUCCAAGGUGGCAAGGACCAAGGGUCGGCCUUUAGCUUCUGGCAAGAUCUCGUCAGGUGAAGCAUUCGCUUGGAUGACAUUUCUUUAUUCGACGUCCGUAGGAAUUCUGAAAGCGAUGUUGGGUGACCGUAACGUGUGGCCAUUUAUGGUGCCUUUGACGGCAAUAAUCCUGGUGUAUCCUCUCGGUAAACGUCCCAUUGCACGCAAGCUCCGUAUCUACCCUCAAUACCUCUUAGGAGUUGCCGUAGGAUAUCCGACGAUGUACGGUUGGGCAGCCGUUUACGGACCUGAAAUGCCAACUUCAGAAAUUUUGCAUCGCUGUCUUCCUCUCUGGAUGUUCCUUUUCUUCUGGAGUUUCUACGCCAAUACGUCAUACAGUUACCAGGACGUGGAAGAUGACCGCAAGAUGAAAGUGAAUUCGGCGUACAAUCUGGCUGGCAAGCGCAUUCGUACUUUGCUUGCCGUUCUGGCUGCAGUUGCUCUUUCGACCAUCCCAUUCGUACUACGCCCGUUCUCCUCGGCUUGGUUGUGGUUAUCAUGGGUUGGAGCAUGGGUCCCGGGAAUCAUACAGCAGUUAAUCUCUUUUGACCCUAGUAAACCGGAAUCUGGAGGUGUUCUGCAUCUAUCGACUGUGAAGUUGGGGCUGUGGACAGUUUUUGCUUGUACACUGGAGCUUUAUCUAUCCAACAGAGUUGUCAUCUAUUGA